CGAUACCCAGCGUGAAGAAUGCAGGACAAUCUAGAAAUAGCUUCUGCUGGCCAGAAGCAAGAUACUCUAUUGACUGGAAACCAAACGAGCAAACAGUCACGUAAAGAACGCAAUCGUCAAAAUGUUGCCAACUUUAGGGCCCGUCAGCGUAUUAUAACACAGCUACAAGAGGAGGUGUAUCUUCUCAAGAAAUCCAAAGAAUACCUUGAGGAAGAGAGAUUAUUUCUCAAUCACCAGGUAUUUGAACUUCAGAGCACGUUGUACAGCAUAAAGUAUAACAUAUUUUGCGAGGAAGUCACAGAGCGUAUCAUUUGACGCAUAUAUUCCUUAUGGAUUUAUCGUCCUUCUUGUAUGAAUCGUGUCGAUCGUAUCUUUACAUGUAUUGAAUAUAAAGGCAACAAAAGCAUUGAGAAAUAUAAGGGUUUAUUAUUUGUGAUCCUCUAAUCUCAUCCAUUAGGCAUUCAAAU